UUGUUCAGCGGGAGGCUGGUCGGGUGGUCCUCUCGACAGGUCUGCGCUUUAGAUUAGGGGUCGUCUUGGACGUUUGUGGCUGACCUGUUGGUUCCGGGUGGACCAGCGGCAACAGUGGUGAUGGCCUCACGGCGGGAAACAACACAACUUCAGGAGCCAGUGACUUUUCGAGAUGUGGCUGUGGACUUUACCCAAGAGGAGUGGGGACAGCUGGACCCUACCCAGAGGACUCUGUAUCGUGAUGUGAUGCUGGAGACCUUUGGGCACCUUCUCUCUGUGGGUCCUGAUCUUCCCAAACCUGCAGUAAUCUCCCAGCUGGAACAAGGUGCUGAGCUGUGGGUGGCAGACAGAGGAGAUACCCAGGCCUGCUGUCUAGGCUAUAUUCUUGGACCUGAAGACCAUACAUUACUCAAGGAGCAGGGCCUCCCUAAAAAGGAACCAUCUCCCAUUACAGAAAGGGAUGUGCUUGCAAGGACUAUUACUUGUCAUUCCAUGACAGGAAUAGAUUGGGAAAGUGAUGGCCUGAGGCAGGCACUCAAGAAGGACCAGAGUAACUUAGGGCUAUUGAAAGGCCCCAAAGAGAUGCCAGUUCAUAGUCAAAGCAAUGAAAGUCUUGGACUUGGGGAAACCUGUAUUCCCAGCUUGAACAGAGAUCUAUUCCCAGAUAUUUCUGGAAGAGACUAUGCCUAUACUUAUGGCUCACAAGUUAAAAAUUCAGAACAUAAACCAAGCUUAGUUAGUCAACAGACAGACUCCACAGCAACACAGCCCUUUGAUGACAAUGGCUGUCAAAAAGACUUUAAUCAGAUUAUACCCAUUAAAGAACUAGCAAAAAGUCAGGUGCAAGAUAAGCCCUAUAAAUGUACUGAUUGUGGGAAGUCAUUUAACCAUAAUGCACAUCUCACAGUACACAAGAGAAUUCAUACAGGAGAGAGACCUUAUAUGUGCAAAGAGUGUGGGAAAGCCUUCAGCCAAAACUCCUCCCUUGUUCAACAUGAGCGAAUCCACACUGGAGACAAGCCCUAUAAGUGUGAUGAAUGUGGAAAAUCUUUUUGCCACAGUACACACCUUACAGUCCAUAGGAGAAUUCAUACUGGAGAGAAACCCUAUGAGUGUCAGGACUGUGGGAGGGCCUUCAAUCAGAAUUCAUCCCUAGGGCGACACAAGAGGACACACACUGGGGAGAAGCCAUAUAGCUGCAGUGUUUGUGGGAAAUCUUUCUCCCGAACUACUUGUCUCUUCCUGCACCUUCGGACUCAUACUGAGGAGAGGCCAUAUGAGUGUAAUCACUGUGGAAAGGGCUUCAGGCACAGUUCCUCCCUGACCCAGCAUCAGCGGAAGCAUGCUGGUGAGAAACCGUAUGAGUGCCAACAGAGGUUGAUCUUUGAGCAGACAACAGCUUUAACAAAGCUCGAGUGGACAGAACCCCUCAGCUGUGACCCACCAUUGAGUCAAGAUGAAAGGAUUCAGCAGAGCGAUAGGCCCUUUAAAUGUAGUCAGUGUGGAAAAUGUUUCGUUCAAAGUUCUCACCUCAUCCGACAUCAGAUAACCCACAACAGAGAGGAAGGAACACAUGGACAUAGCCGAAGACGAGAACAGCCUUGCAGAUGGGGCCCAAAACUCCUUCAGAAUGCAUACUCAAAUUCAAGUGAGCUUCCCAUGGCCGAGGCAAAGGCAGAGCAAGCAAGCAGAGCCCUGGCCUUGUUUGACCUUCAUGAAAUUGUGCAUGAGAAAACCCCUGUGCAUGUUAUUGGGGUAGAAGAACCUGCAAUGGGCAAUCCCAUGCUUUUUGACAUCAGAGCUAUCCGGUAUCUCACUGAGUUCUUCUGUCUUAUGGCCAUCCCCAAGUGCCCUCUGAGCCCAGGACUCUGGGAACAGGACAGCUUCCUUCAGGUGAAGGUGAAAGAGGAGGAAGAAGCUAGCAUCUACCAGAGCAGGGACGCCAGCCCUAGCUCUACUGCACACCCUGAGACUGCAUGCCAGCACUUCUGGCACUUCUGCUACGAGAAGGCAUCUAGCCCCCAUCAGGAGCUGGCACAACUUCGAGAGCUAUGUUGCCAGUGGCUGAGGCGAGAGUCGUCCUCCAAAGAACAGAUACUGGAGUUGCUGGUGCUGGAGCAGUUCCUGGGUGUACUGCCCCCUGAAAUCCAGGCCUGGGUGGGGGCUCAAUGCCCAAAGAGUGGAAAGGAGGCUGCUGUUCUGGUGGAGGAUCUGACUCAAAUGCUGGACAGGAGAGGAUGGGAGCCAGGAGCAGAACAUGAAGAGGCAAGUUACAAACAGAACAGUCCAGACAAGUCACAGCCACCAGACAUGGCCACUGAAUCCCUCAUGGGAGAUGUUUCCCCAAAAUCUACCUUUGCCCAUACUUGUAAACAUGAGAGCAACUCAGAGAGCCAGCCAGAGCUCCUACAAACAGUGUGGGUGAAAUCUGCCGCCCAAGAGAUGGAUUUCAGAAAAGCCCUGGGGUCUCACAUGGAUGGCCCCAAAGACCAGGCUGACCAUGAGUCUGAUGCCUCAGGAAACAGUUCCAACAUGUGGCCCAACAUCCCUUCCCAAGACAAAGCUUCUUCAGAGGAGAAAUUUGGCCCAUUGUUUGAUAAUGGGACAGUACCUCCAGAUACAUACUCAGAGAAGAAGCCCUCCAAGGACAGUGAGAGUAUAAGAACAUUCCAGAACACUUCAGCCCUAGAGUCGUACCAAAAGAGCCACUCUCAGAAGAUGCCUUAUGCCUGUAUAGAGUGUGGAAAGGCAUUCAGCUGGAGCACUCACCUUGCCCAACACCAGGUUGUACACACAGGAGCAAAGUCCCAUGCAUGUAAAGAGUGUGGGAAAGCCUUCAGACGAGUCUCCCACCUGACACAGCACCAGAGGAUUGAUACUGGGGAGAAGCCCUAUAAGUGUAAAGAAUGUGGCAAAACCUUUAGCCGCAGCACCCACCUCACCCACCAUCAGCGGCUACACACAGGGGAGCGGCCCUAUGAGUGUGAUAUGUGUGGCAAAGCCUUCAGCCAGAGCACCCACUUAACACAGCACCAGCGCAUCCACACUGGGGAGAAGCCCUACAGAUGUGAUGUGUUUGGAAGAGCCUUCAGUGACUGUUCAGCUCUGGUCCGGCAUCUGAGAGUCCACUCUGGAGAGAAGCCUUAUCAGUGCAAGAAUUGCCCAAAGGCCUUCACACAAAGCUCAUCCCUCAUUGAGCACCAGCGUAUACAUACAGGAGAGAAGCCUUACAAACGCAGUGACUGUGGGAAAGCUUUUAGCUGCAGCUCAGCUCUCAUGGUGCACCUAAAGAUCCAUAUCACUGUGCUUCAGUGACUCAAAGCACCCCUUAGAGCACAGCAGUCUCCCUCAGAGGCUUGACAUCUAAGAAACCCUGAAUUCUAUAGGAGCCAGGAACACCACGAGUUGCUAACUGUUACACAGUGUCUAAGGGUAGACUGGGGCCAUCUAGGAACACCUCUAUAUUUGAGGUCCCAGUAAAGUCCCCUAAUGAACACAGAGAUUGGGGAAGCUCCUAGAACUUUCCUACUGCCAUUCAUAUCCCACUCAGGCUGAUCCCAGAGAGAAGACAUUAGUGGACUAAGGAUCUGCAUUGGUUCUUAGAAUCUGAGCAAGUAAAGCUGAGUGUCUAUACAGGCUCAUGAAGCCCAAGAUCCUCUAGGCAGGAACACUUCAUGUUCUCACAGGACUACUUUUCGUGCCAGUUCCUUUGCUGUUCAGCUGAGAAAGGAUGCCUGCCUGGCCCACUCUGUGCCUUCACACCUGCCUUCCCACCAUAAUUCUCCAAGACAGGCUUGUGAGGCUGACUCUCCUGUGAAACCCUCUCCAUGCCAUCUCUCUCAUGUUCUCCCUGCUUUAACCCAUAGUGGUGCUUGACACUUGCCUAAUAUCUGUCUUCACCUCCCACAUCUUCCACACCUCACAGGUUCCAGCCUUGUGGAUUCACUGGAGGCUCAUUUCUAUUCCAGUCCCUCCUCCUUCAGCUUACCUUCUGUGAGCUCACAUUGCCUCCCACUGGCUUUUAAUCAGGGCUCUCCUUUCUCACCCCUUCAUGCCAUCCCCAACCACUUUCUUCCAGCUGCAUGUCUUUCUGCUACCCAGCUCAUAUUGUGUGAUUCCGCAGCAGGAAAUUGUCCAGUGAGUCACCUUUUCAGCAAACGUUCUUGAGUGAGGUUCAAGUAUGCCAGGAUACAUGUCACUUUGGCCCAAGCACUUGCUGUAGUUAUUUUCAAUAUGUAUAUGAAUGUUGUUAUUUGUCUUUGAGUACAGUAAUGUGAAAGUGUUUUCAAAGUACUGGUCUGACUAUUGGGCAAACUACACUCCCUGUCUAUUAUCUGUGUUUUCUUCAGCCCUGGCCUCCUCUUGCCUCUUCCACUCCUCUAGCCUCAACUCCCACAUGCCAGCCAUACUUUCUCCCACCUGCAUACCUUCCUACCUAUCCCUGGAACCGUUAUUCCCUCUAUCCUCUGGAAUAUCUCAGAUGUCCUUGAGAAGCUUCCCCAAACAUUUUUGACCUGACUUCAUUUUGCCUAACACUGUUUUUGCUGCUGGAGUGCUCCAUUCUUAACUUUCUUAAAUCUCUUACCAUGUUUUUGACCUUGUACUUUUUUUUUUUACCUUCAGAACAACUUUAUUCAAAUUUAUUUGGGGAAAGGCUGGAGAAGUCCACGCUGUCUGCAGUCCUCGGAAGGGAAGAUCUUAAAAGGGUCCCCAGCGCUAAGAGCAAAGUUAUACUUCUUACAGAAUUAACAGACCAGUGUUCAGUGUUCCGAAGGACACAAAAUAGUUUGCACAAGAUGUAGCAAACCCUUUCCAAUGUCUCCAGGAUGAGUAUGACCAAUACUUCCCUUGGGUAGUUACUGUCCUUCACCACGUUUCCUUAAAAAAAAAAAAAAAUUUAUGGGAGAGCCCAGAUAAGCCCAAGCUGCAGUAGUCAAAACAAAACAUGGCGAUAAUGGGGAUGCCAGCACUCUGCCAUUCCUAAAAUCAUAACCUGUUUACUCUGCCUACCUUCCUUUCCCUCAGAAAGAUUAUCCCCUGGCUCAUGUGUCUCCUAAUUAACAUGGGUGACUUCACAAGGUCCUCAGUCAUGGAUCUACACAUGAGUUUACUGUAUCUAAAUCCAUUAGCAUAAUCCAUUUUGUUUUCCUGAGCUUCCUGUGUCUCCUCUUGUAGCCUGUCCUGACUAUCACACACAAGAAUACAGACCACUAGGAGAGCUGCAAACUAGAGAGUUUCAAUAGAAAAUACUGAGAAUCCUACCACCUACAGGUUAGACUCCUCCAACAUCUGCAUUUGCUUCUGUGUUGCCAGUGGAGGGAGUCCUCAAGGAAAGGCUCAUACUGCAGGCCCAUUCCAUGGAAGCAUCAGAUGCAGGGUAUUAAGUCAGGACUACGAACCCACUCCAGUGUAUAGGGCUGCAGGUCCCUGUGUAUGUGGUGCCGUGAAACAAUGUGUGAAGAGAAGUUUACACACAGGGGCCUUCUGUUCACAGGGUCUGUGAUACUGAGACAAACAGUUCAGGCCACACACAUUGGCACCCACUGGGCUCUGAUCUCUAGAACACAAGAGAGCUGUCUGCUCUUUAGACCUAAGGCUCUCAGACCGAGGGCCAAGAGCUGUAACAUAGACUUCAUUGAAGAGAUGAGGAAUCUCAAUACCUAAGAUUGCCUGUUACCUACAAUGCCAAUUGCCACUGAGGCCUGGGGACUGGAGACAUCAGGGUCUGCGCAAGUGUUAAGAGUUAACACUAGUAAGGCUGGGGAUGCCCAAGAUCUUCACAAAGGAUUUUAGCACCAGGGGGCACCCAGCUGCUGCAUUUCUCACCCAGGGCUGGAAACUGGCUGGCUUGGAGGCAAGCAAAUGCUACCAAGACCAGCACAGUGUCUACUAGUCUAUGCUUGCAUGCCUCUAUCCACGUAGAGCAGAAGCACCGCAACUGGCUGGUGGUUAACAUAUAAGUGCUUAAUCCAUGGCUACCCCACCUCUCUGGAUCACAGGUCAUCUCCACCCCAACUGACAGCCCCCAAGGUCAAGCCCAGGCUGUUGUCCUAUAGUAUACACGCAAUGAGGAGUAUGUGGGACAUCACAGGACAUAACUGUCCUUUUGUACAGGCCUAAAGGUGCACACACUGCACCUGUGUGUUUCUUUGUGGCCCCUUUGUGGACACUUGGAACUACUGUGUCAGACCCUACCCUUACAGGGAAAAACAGACAAGAAACAACAUUUUGGAGCCUGGUAUGGAGGCGCACAUCUUUAAUCCAGCACUCCGGAGGCCGAGGCAGGUGGAUCUCUGAAUUCGAGGCCAGCCUGGUCUACAGAGUGUCUUCCAGUACAGUCUGGGCUACACAGAAAAACCCUUUCUCGAAAACUGGGGGAAAAAAUUAGGAGAGAAAAUGACUUGAAGGACAUGUACCUGAGGGCAGC